AUGACUACUCAAGAAGCUCCAACUUUUAAACUUGUCUUAGUUGGUGAUGGAGGCACUGGAAAGACUACCUUUGUUAAACGUCAUUUAACAGGAGAAUUCGAGAAGAAAUAUGUGGCAACCCUUGGUGUUGAAGUUCAUCCAUUAGCUUUCCAUACAAAUUUUGGUCCAAUUUGUUUUAAUGCAUGGGACACCGCCGGACAAGAAAAAUUUGGAGGACUUAGAGAUGGAUAUUAUAUUCAAGGCCAAUGCGCAAUUAUUAUGUUUGAUGUAACUUCACGUAUUACAUACAAAAAUGUUCCAAAUUGGCAUAGAGAUCUAAUUCGUGUGUGUGAAAACAUUCCUAUCGUCCUUUGUGGUAAUAAAGUAGAUAUAAAGGAACGUAAAGUAAAAGCUAAAACUAUUACAUUUCAUCGUAAAAAGAAUCUACAAUACUAUGAUAUUUCAGCCAAAAGCAAUUAUAAUUUUGAAAAACCAUUUUUAUGGUUAGCCAGAAAACUUAUUGGAAAUCCAAAUUUAGAGUUUGUUGCUUCUCCAGCACUUGCACCACCAGAAUUCGAACUUGAUCCUGCUUUAGUUGAACAAUACAAUAAAGAAUUACAAGUUGCUUCAGCCCAACCUCUUCCUGAGGAAGACGAUGAUCUUUAA